AUGUCUGAGAAGGCGGCCAUGGAUCCGCCUCCGGGCCACGAAUCGAAUUUUGAGAAUCCCGACCGAGAGAUGUAUUACAUUUGCAUCAUCUCCAAUUCGAUUGCCAUACCCGUAUGCACGAUAUUCGUCUUUCUGCGGCUAUUCGCCCGAUAUAGGCUGUCCAUGAGGCUUCAGGCAGAUGACAUUGCUUGCAUCAUCGGAUACAUCGGGUUCAUGGGAUACUGCAUCAUCUGUCUAAUGAUGCUAAAGUAUGGCGGCGGCUUACAUCAAUGGGAUGUCCCCGAGGAGCUGUUGGUCAAGUACAAUCAGACCGUCUACGCCACCAUGGUUAAUUAUGGCCCAACAGUCUUUGCCAUCAAAGCCGCCAUUCUCCUCUUCCUCGCUAGAAUCUUUUCUCCUUACAAGACUUACGUCAAGUGGAUAUACGGCUUCCUCGGUAUCAUGGCCAUCUACUACAUCGUGAUGAUGGCUCUCAAGACACUCAUCUGCCGACCGGUGCACAAGUUCUGGCAUCCCGACACUGAUGGCCAAUGCUUCAACCAGAGAGUUCUCAUCCUCACUGACAAUGUCAUCAGUCUUUUGAGUGAUAUCGUCGUCCUGCUCCUGCCAUGCCCUUUGACAAAGAAGCUUCAAGUGGGACUCUGGGCGAAACUUAAGAUUGCUGCCGUCUUUGGAGUGGGAGGGAUCGCCUGCAUCUUUGGUCUUGUGCGACUGGUUUUCAUUAUCAAGGACGGAGAGAGUGCUGACCAGACUUAUGUCUUUGUGCAAAUCAACCUGACAGGCAUCGCCGAGUGUGGCAUCGGAGUCGUAUGCGCCUGCUUCCCCUUUAUGCCCAUGCUUUGGAAAUCCAUCCUCCAUAAAGACAAACCAGGCUACUCGACCAACUCCAAGUCACAAUUCGAGAUGAUGAGCUCGCAGAAAAAGUCACGCAACACGACCCAUACCCGCACAACGAGUGGCCAUUUCAAGGACGAGACGGACAGCGACGAGAACGGCCUCAUUCCACCUGGAAAGUCUUACGUCACCACCAAGGUCCGUGGAGGCGAGGACAACUCUGAGUGUAAUAGUGCAGCUGGAGAUAGCGCGGGAGGGUUUCGGCCGAGUAUUGAUGAUACCCGCAUUUACCGAACGGUCGAAGUUCGACAGUAUGAUGAGAAUUAA